AAUAAUUUGUUUUUCAUGUUUUGUGUGUGUGUGUUUUGUUUGUUUAUUUAUUUACAGACCGAUUCAUUGAAAUUGUCAACUGAUAGCGAUAUGCACGAUUGGUUUUUAGAACGAGAUGUCAAAGAUGCUGCAGUUAUACUCAAUGACAAAUUAAUAUCGGAUGCUCUAUUGAAUGGCACACUACCAAUUAAAUCGGAACACUCCUACAGUCUUAAUAGCGAUGGAGAUUCUCUGCCAGAUUCACCACACAGUCUCCAUACUAAAAUGGAUGACAUGGAAGAUGAAUGCUAUCCCGCCAUUUCGCUUAAAACUGCUACCAGCAAUAUAAGGUCUCUUAGCACAGCCACCAUAGAUCCUAGAUGUCUAACAAUCACCACCUGCUCACCAAUGGCCAGCACCUCAACAUCGUUGGCCUCUUCCUCAACAGCAAGUAUGUCGGGUUUGAAUUUACAUCCCUUGGUUUCAACGGCAGCUUCUACCAUAACCAGUCAAUCAAAUCCUACCUUGUCCUCAACAAACAGUAGCCAUUCCUCAAAUAUAUAUGCUGGUCUGUGUAAAAUAGCCACUACCGCACCCAUAACGCUCAAUUUGCGCCAAUUGGACACAUGUCAAACAUUGAACACCUCCACAGAUGCCAAAUUGUUGGUGAAACAACAACAACAACAACAGUUACCCGCCUUACAUACAACAAACACACAACAGCAGUUUCAAAUGCAACAGCAGCAGCAACACCAGCAACAAUAUCUACCUCAUGAUGAUUUAGUUAAUAUGAUGGAUGACUGUGAAUCUAGUGUUUCCUCCAGGGAGGGCAGUCAAUCACCUGAUAUUUGCUCAGACAUAGAAAUCGAUGAAUCCUGCAUUAAAAACGAGCCCAUGUCUCCCGAUUCUAGCUGUCCCUCUAGUCCUGAGGGAGGCGAUGAGUCAGCCGCUAAUAACAACUCGAAUGGCACUCUUAGUCUAACCAUGGCCAAUAUGGCUGCUUUCACAAAUUCCGAUCUUGUAUUUGAACACAAGGAUGGCUGUCUACAACUAACACCCUCUUCACAAAGCCUGCUCAAGUCACAACCCUUUAUAUUAAGCUCAAGUGCCCACAAUGUCAUUAUACCCAAAAUUACCAUUAAAUCCGAGGGUAAUGUAACAAAUACCGCUACAUUUGUUAACGCCACAACCUCCGUAACAAAAACAAAUGCCACCUCGUAUGGUUUGCCCUUAACCCCGCCUUCUUCGCACUCCAGUGAUGGUUCCGAGGGUAAUCUCACACCUGAGCAUAUGCUAUCACCACAAUCGCCUACCUCUUCUUCAACAUCCGCCGCCGCCAACAACAGCAACACCGCCAUCAACAGCAAUGCGAGGUCAAGUUCGCAACCAACCAGCGGGGUUUUGACAGUUACCUCCAUUAGGCGUAAUACCAACAGCUCUGCCUCGUCGACUACCUCCAGCACAAGUUCCAGCGUUAGUAUGGGACGUCAUGCAAGUGCUGGUGGUGGCUCUACCCGCCAGCCCAUACAUACACCUUUGAUUAGCUCACAGCCAAAGGGUUCUACGGGAACUUUACUUUUGACGGAAGAAGAGAAACGUACUCUAUUAGCUGAGGGCUAUCCCAUACCACAAAAGCUACCAUUAACCAAAGCUGAGGAAAAGUCAUUAAAGAAAAUCAGAAGAAAAAUCAAAAAUAAGAUUUCCGCCCAAGAAAGUAGGCGUAAGAAAAAAGAAUAUAUGGACCAAUUAGAACGUAAAGUUGAUAUUUUAGUUAAUGAAAAUAACGACUAUAAGAAACGUGUCAAAAAUCUUGAAGAUUCCAAUGCCAGCCUACUAAGUCAAUUGCACAAAUUACAGGCUUUGGUAAACAAACAAAACCUCAAGAAGUCUUAAACGACUCUAAACUGUUACAACAAUUUAGGAGAAAAGUAAAACAACAACAACAGCAACAUGUUGGUAAACUAAAAUAUUUAAAAAAAAUUGUUCUCAUAACAUUCCCCCACCCCUCCCCCCUCUCUAACCACUACCCUCCUAAACAAACUCUAAUAUUUUAUUUAUUAGACUUAAGACAGGAAAUAUGUUUAAACUAAAGGCGUUUGUUUAAAAAAAAAACACAAAUAUUAUAUAGAUUUUACCAAUAUAUUUAUAUAGAAUUAUAUUUACAACAACAACAAAUCAAAAUAUAUUUAUGUGUAUUAAACAAAUAAUAAGAGCUUAAAACCAACAUUACAAACGCCCACCCGCCCUUUAUUAUGCUAACUUUAACUUACUUUAAUUAGAGAGCUUAAAUCUUAAAGUUUAACUCUUUUUUAUUUAAUAAUUUUUAUAAAAAAAAACUUUCUGUUUAAUUUAAAUGUUUUUUCAAGUAGCAUUUUUUUAAAAAGAUUUUUCAUUACUUUUUAUUAAACUUAUAACUGGCUUAAUAUAUGAAACCAGUAGAAGUAAUAGAAGUUGUUAGAAAAAGAAGUGAAACUAGUAAAGAAUAUUAAGAUAUUGUUUGACUGCCUCGCUAUAUGCCAAUUAUAAAUAUUUGUCUAGAAAUUAAGUUUCGCUAAAAAGUCGUCUUCUAUAGAGAACAUAUUUUUUUUAGUAACAAAAACAAGCAAAGUUAAGUUGAGGUUUUUUAAGCAAAAAAUAUAUAGAAAGAAAAUAAAUAGAAAUGACGUUAUGUUUUAAUAAUGUUCUGCUUUUUGUUAGUUUUUUUUUUUUUGUAAUUUGUUUUUUUUUUUUGGGCAAAUUUGGCUGAUGAUCUAAAUAAUAUGGUCCUUCCGUUUUAUAGAAUUAUAAAAAAAAAAAACAACAGAAAAAUACAUUCCCUGGUCGAAAAUAAUAAAACUAUUUAUAGUUAAAGAAACUAGUGUUUUAAAGUUUUAACUAAAUUAGUAAUUGUCUCUAUUAAUUGUAAGCAAAGCCACUUAGUUUAAUUAGUUUUCUUUUAUUUUUAGUUAAACAAAAUGAGAAAUCUUCUCCGAGCCACUUUAAAUAUUUGUUUUUAAUUCAAGUUUUUAUAUACAUACUACUAUAUAUUAGGUAAUAUUAUUAAAUAGAAUGUUUUUUGGCAAAACAAUUCUUUUAAUUUACUUUAAAUACUAAUUAUUUUGCGUAUUCAAUUAAAGAACAGCAAUGAGAUGUUAAACAGGAUUUUUAUAGGAGUAGAAAGUGAGUGUAGAUUUGUAAAAUAUAAGAUAUUGGAUGAGAGUUUUACUCCAAUAUAAAAAUAGUAAAAAAUUUGUUAAUUUUGGGGAAUGUUCCUUCAGGAGUGUUCAGAGGAUCUUGCAGCAGCAGCAGAUAUUGUUCCAAUUAUUUUUUGCAUGGACCAAACUUUGAGCUCCAAUUUCCAAGUCAUCGAAUUUUAACCCAAAACAUGCGAUCCAAUUCAAGUACUUCUUUACACCAAACGAACAAGAUUUUCGUAUAGAAUCCAUGAAUUUCUUCAAUGAGCUAGAUAAUCAGGCCAAUCAGGAACAAUUAUUCCCCGGGAAUUUUGUUCCCUUUAGCUGUAGGAGAGAGAACAACCUCCCAGAGAGUUUAUUAUCCAGAACAGGCCUGUAUUUCUUUUUCUCUCAUCUCUACGGAGAUUAGUGCAAGUGUCAUUCGUAUUAUCCGAUAAUCAUUAUUCUUUUUGUGCCUGAUUUGGUGAGAAAACUUUAUUGAGUACAAAAACUGCUUAAAUAUCGCCAAUUUUAGACGAUUUUAUGAAGCUAAUAGUAUUGUAUUUAUUGAGUACAAGAAUUGAUUAGAAUGUCAUUUGUUAAAGAUGAUCUUUAGGAGUUAAAAGAAUGAUCCAUGGAUUUUCACAAUUCUCCGAAACUUUUGAAUGUCAAAAGCUCUGCAAAUUGUGUUGAUAUCUGCUUGAAAUUUGAUGGACUCCUACAGUUUAGUCCACAAAUCAACAUCAGCUACACUUCAAACAGUAAGUUCUACAAAAAACACUUUUUUCAAAGGGUUAUAACUUGCAAUUUUGCUUAAAAAUUUAACAUCUCAAGGCUUAACGGGACAUUUAUUUGCAAUUUAUCGUUUAUUAAUAUUAUAUUAAUUUGAAACAAACUCUAAAAAGAGUUCUAAAAAAGGGUUUUUUAUGCCUAUGAGGCUUAAAUAAUAAACAGAAAAAAAGCUUUAAAUAUAAUUUGUGUAUAAGAAGAAAGGGGAAACAAAUAAACGAUAAUUUUAAAAACAAAGUCUCAAAGAUUUCUUUCAAUUAAAAAAAUAAAAACUGAUAUUAAAAGCUGUUCUUGAAAACAAACUAAAAUUUCCCUCUAUAAUAAUAAAAUACAUAAAUUAAAUAAUUAUUGUUAAGUUUUUUUCCAAUAGUUUAAAAUAAAAAUUAUGUAAAAACUUUUUUAGUUUUCUUUUUUUUUUGUGUAAUUAGCUAUUUAAGUUACAGCAUGUUGAUUUAUUUUAAUUAAAGCUAAGAAUUUAUUACUUUGUAAACAAACACACACACAAACACAACAAAAAAUACAUUUUAUUAUUUUAUAAUAAUAAAAAAAACAAACACCAGGAAUUGUAUGAAACGAAAUUUAAAAGAAAUGCAUGUUGAGGUAUAAUGAGAGUGAAUGUUUGAUUUUGUUAAAUAGUCCAAUUUUUAAAUAAAUUUUAAUAAAUAACAAGAAUUUAAAUGAA